CACUUCUACACCCAAGAAGUUCUCGGCUCGCGUGGUGGUGGGAAGCUUCUGGCUCCUGGUCAUCGUGGUGACCACAGUGGUGGCCGGCCAGAUGAAAGCCAUGAUGAUGGUUCGGGAGGAGUCCGACCGCAUCGACAGCAUGCGUCACCUGGCGGCUAGGCCAGCCAUGAAGCCGUACACCGUGGCAGGAAGCGCUGGGGUGUCCUCCGUCCGUGAUUCGAGGGACCCGGACUACCAGAAGGUGUGGCGCAUGAUGCAGACGCACAAGACUGACCUGCCCACAUCGGUGGUGCUGUCGGACCAGACUCUGCUCGAGGUUGUGGUGGGCAAGGCGGUGCUCAUCCUGAGCCGUGCCAGCGUCGCCGCCAGGGCCACGGCUGCAUGCGCCAGCUUCGAGCGCGGAGAGUUCUACCUGGCCAGGGAGCCCAUGUUCAAGUUCAACUCGGUCUUCUACCUCAACAAGCGGCUGGCUCCAGCGCGUAGACAGGCUAUCAAUAAUAGAAUCUUGUGGCUUCGCGAGUCCGGCCUGGUGGAAAAGUGGUGGCAGGAGUCCUCGGGCAACUGGGAGGGCUGUGGUCAAGUCAUCAGCGACGGCCGCCUGAAAUUCUCGGAUUUCCAGGACCUGCUGCUCUUCUGGCUGGCCAUGCUGGGCAUUGCCACGGCCGUGUUCCUCUGCGAGUCUGCCUGCGCCGUUCCUUGCUCCCGCACUGCUGACAUCGAUCACACUUCACGGAAACCUGGUGGACCACUCACAAGCCUGGAGACAGAGGGCGCUGACCGCAGACGUCGCGCGACGUACACUAUUGGUGCACUCAGGGCUAUGCGCUUUGGAGGAACGCACAGCACAAAGCCUUAG